AUGGUAUUAGCGGACUUGGGCCUGCGCUUGAGAAGCGCAUUGAGCACAGUCAAUUCCGGCUCUGAAUCUGAGGUUCAGAGUUUGGUGAAGGACAUUUGCACAGCAUUGCUAGAGUCUGACGUUAACGUCAAGCUCGUGGCCAAGUUAAGAGACAAUAUCAAGAAAAAGUGUGCCACUGAAAUCGCCAAUGAAAACGAAUCAUCCGCCAAUAAGCGCAAGAAGUUGCAAAAAAUCGUGUUUGACGAGUUGUGUGGAUUAGUGGACUCUCACGAGGAACCUCCAAAACCUCAGAAACUAAACAGAACCGUCGCAAAGACAAAGGGAGGUAAGAAGACCAAGAAGCAAGCAAGCUCGCAUAUUAUAAUGUUUGUCGGUUUACAAGGUGCUGGUAAGACGACAUCGUGUACGAAGUUGGCCGUAUACUAUAAAAAGAGAGGAUACAAGGUCGGUCUUGUCUGUGCGGAUACAUUCAGAGCUGGUGCCUUUGAUCAAUUAAAGCAAAACGCUAUCAAAUCCUCCAUCCCCUUCUACGGUUCCUAUUUGGAAACUGACCCUGUCAAGGUUGCAUUCGAGGGUGUGACAAAGUUCAAGGAGGACAAAUUCGACAUUAUUAUCGUGGAUACCUCCGGUAGACACAAGCAAGAACAAUCACUUUUUGACGAAAUGAUUCAGAUUGGUGACGCUGUUCAGCCGACCCAGACAAUCAUGGUCAUGGAUGCAUCUAUUGGUCAGGCUGCCGAGGGUCAAGCCAAGGCCUUCAAAGAAUCUUCCAAUUUCGGUUCCAUCAUCUUGACGAAGAUGGACGGCCAUGCUAAAGGUGGUGGUGCUAUCUCCGCAGUCGCUGCUACUAACACUCCAAUUGUAUUUAUUGGUACCGGUGAGCACGUUGGAGACUUUGAGGUCUUUAAACCAUCAACUUUCAUCUCCAAGCUUCUUGGUAUCGGUGACAUCCAGUCGUUGAUUGAACACGUGCAGCUGUUGAACUUGCAAGAUGACGAAGGUCACAAACAGACAAUGGAAAACUUCAAGGAGGGUAAGUUCACGUUACGUGAUUUCCAGACGCAAAUGAAUAACUUCAUGAAGAUGGGACCUUUAACGAACAUUGCAUCCAUGAUUCCAGGUAUGUCCGGCAUUAUGAAUCAGAUUGGUGAGGAAGAGACCUCUAAGAAGAUCAAAAACAUGGUUUAUAUCAUGGAUUCCAUGACCACCAAGGAACUUGAUAGUGACGGAAGAAUCUUUACGCAAGAGCCAGAGAGAAUCUUAAGAGUUGCCCGUGGUGCUGGUUGCAGUGCCGUUGAAGUCGAGAUGGUGUUGCAACAACAGAGGAUGAUGGCUCUGAUGGCCGGUGCUGCUAAGAACAUGAACGCAGGUGCCGGAGGUCAAAUGCCAGGAAUGGGAGGUGGCGGUGGAGCUGCUAACAUGCAAAGAAUGAUGCAGCAGGCGCAGCUGAACCCUAACUUCAUGCAGCAGGCGAUGAAUAUGUUUGGUGGGGGUGGAGCAGGUGGUGCUCCCGGAGGAGGUAUGGGCAACAUGGCUAACAUGAUGAACAACCCUCAGAUGAUGCAACAGGCCCAGCAAAUGAUGAGACUGAACCCCAACUUGAUGCAACAAGCCCAGCAAAUGAUGCAAAAUCCUGGAAUGAUGCAAAAGAUGAUGCAACAGUUUGGCGGUAUGGGCGGUAUGUAA